AUGUCCCAAACUUGGCAGCCACCCAAAGACUACCGCGAACGCCCUGUUGCCAUUCUUGGCGCAGGCGUUCUUGGACGUCGCAUUGCGUGCAUUUGGGCAUCGGCAGGAUACAAGGUCCAUGUCCGGGACCCUAGCCCGGAGCAACGUGCGGACUGCGUCGCCUACGUCGAAGAAAAUGUAGCCUCGUACGCAGAGAAAACCGGCAAGGCGCACGGCCAAGCCAAAGCGUUCGAGAAGCUGGAGGAGGCUGUCAGCAAUGCAUGGCUCAUCAUUGAAGCUGUUCCUGAAAAGAUCCAGCUGAAAAUCGAUACCUUUGCAGAGCUUGAUAGGCUCGCACCUGCUGACUGCAUUUUGGCCUCGAACUCGUCAUCAUACAAGUCCUCUGAAAUGCUGGCCAAGGUCUCUGAACCAGCCAAGGCUCGCAUUUUGAAUAUGCACUACUACAUGCCCCCCCAGGUCAUGGUGGUGGAGCUCAUGACUGAUGGCUUCACUGAGCCAGCUAUCUUUCCAUUCUUGGUUGAUUGUUUAAAGGAAGCUGCAACUAUUCCCUAUGUUGCCCGGAAGGAAUCCACUGGCUUCAUUUUCAACCGUCUCUGGGCGGCAGUUAAGCGUGAAGUUAUGACCAUCCUCGCGGAGGAGGUUUCCGUUCCUGAAGAAAUCGACUCGAUGUGGACUGAGAUGUUCAUCAAGGGCGCUGUCACCCCUUGCAAGACCAUGGACAAUGUUGGCCUUGACACUGUUGCUUUCAUCGAGAACCAUUACAUCGUCGAGCGUGGUCUUCCUGCCGAAAAAACAGUCAACUUCUUGAAGAAGGAAUACCUGGACAAGGGCAAGCUCGGAUCCAAAUGUUCCAAGGGCGGGCUCUACCCACCUGCGGAGACCAGCAAUGGCAGCUCCACGAAGCCGAAGAUACUGGUCUUGGAUAUUGGAUUGUCGGCAAAGGACCCAAGCACCAAGGCAGGCCAGAUCCUCCAGGUCUCGACGGACGGACAUGUGCAGAGGGUCCUUGCCACCGCCCAGUCCCUCCCUGAUGGCCUUGCCGUGGACCCAGCCAGCAAGAGAAUGUUUUGGACGAAUAUGGGUGUUCCUGGCAAAGAUGAUGGAGCGGUAUACUCUGCAAACUUGGAUGGUACCGACAUCCAGACAGUCAUCGCUCCCGGUGUUGUGAAUACCCCUAAGCAACUGACCUUGGACACCAAGUCAAAGAAAGUCUAUUUCUGUGACCGUGAGGGUCUUCGUGUUGUCCGCUGCAACUAUGACGGGUCAGGAUUUGAAGUCAUAGUGCAGACAGGGGACUACAAAAGAGCUGAGGACGGCCAAGAUGCCAUGAAAUGGUGUGUUGGUGUUACUGUGGCUCCCAGUCUCGGCAAGUUCUACUGGACACAGAAGGGGCCAUCUAAAGGUGGCAAGGGACGCAUCUUCUACGCGAAUAUUACUACCCCGGCGGGCCAAUCGGCAGCCAGCAGAGACGACGCUCAAUGCAUCUUGAAUGACCUUCCUGAGCCUGUCGACCUUGAGAUUGACGAGGAGUCUCGCACUCUCUACUGGACGGACCGUGGUGAGAUCCCAUUCGGAAACUCCUUGAAUCGACUUCGCCUCGACCACUUCGGCCUUCCCCUGCCCAGCAUGUCUGACAAGGGAUACGAGGUGAUCUCCAGAAACUUGAACGAAGCCAUCGGCUUGAAGUUGGAUCUUGCAAACGACAGUAUCUACUUGACUGACCUUGGUGGCAGCAUCUACAGAUGCAACGCUGAGGGUAAGCAGAGGGUGAGAUUGUACUCUGAUGAGAAUAGAGCGCUCACCGGGAUCACCUUGGCUUAA